AUGGGGAUGGAAGGAGAGAGGGGGGAUGGAAAGAUUAGAGGAAAGGUACCUGAGAUGGACAUUAGGGGUAGAAAGGAGGACACCAGGAUACAUGAUAUGCAUUAUUGCGAUAACAAUUUGUGUGAUGAUAAUUACGAAGAAAAAAAUUUUAAACAAUUUGUCAUUGGAAAACUAAUUCAUUUUGAACUAAAAAUGAACAGUAUGAAAAGAAAUCAAAAAUUAAUACUUCGGAAACUUUCAACGGAAAAUUUUGAAACUGAGCAGAAAGAAUUAAAUGACAUAAAUAAAGACCUACCACUGAAAGAUGAAAAUAGUUUAAAUGUAUUGGAAAUUAAAAUAAGUACUGAUGUACUUUAUCGAAAUGAAAUGAUUAAACACUUAGCCUACGUAAUUAGUACAGAUUUGAGAAGUUUAUGUAUUCGUUUAAUGCGAAAAAUUUUUACUAAUGAAUUAGCUGUUAAUUACAGCUGGUAUGGAGCAAAGAAGAAAGAAAACUUUUCCAAAUUACAUAUAUGUCAAUUUAUUAUGUCUACAGUAAGAAGAUUGCAUACAAAUGCAACGGAUCAGGAAAUUUCGGCGCCAAUAAAAAUAUGGUUAGCUCAUGCAAGAGAGCGAAUGCAAAAGCGAUCAGCUCAGAUGAGCAGACAGGAAA